AUGCUUAAACUUUAUACUGUAUUUUUAGAUGGUCCGGGUAACGAAACGUUCUUCAAUACUCUCAUUAAAUCUACGGCAUGCUGUUCUAAAUACCAAAAAGGCGAAGAUUCUGAUGAUAAUGUUGAAACAGAAUUGGAAAGUUUAUUUGGAGAUGUUUCCGAUGCUGUCGACCCAACUUAUCGCCUGCCAAUUUUCUCUCACCAACUGGAAAACGAAAAUUCCAACAAUCUUGUAACAUUAGAAGAUUUACUAGGAAACAAAGAAAAUUUUAAUGCUGAAAAGUUUGAUGUCGAGCACAUACAGAACAAUAUUGAAGUUCUUGACCAAGGUUAUGAACAACAUCGCGAAAUAACAGCUAUAAUUGAAGAUAUUUUGGAUGAGGUUUUUAAAAAAGCUUGGUUACUUAUUGAACCGUUAAAAAGAUGGCGAAAAUCAGACCCAAGCAGUUGGGCUCGUAAUGUAGUUAAGAAAAGACGAGCAGAUGGUUUGCCUUAUAAAUCCAAAGCUAACAUCAGACCAGCUAAGGUACCAAAAGAGAUAGAUUGCUCCAAGUGUCAAUUUAAGUGUACUAUACUAUACUGUCUUUGA